AUGGUAGGCGCUCUGGAGAACACACCAACGAACAGAGUUUACCAACUCGGACAACAUAUCUUCAUUGCAUGGGCACUACAACACAACGUUUCCAUCACCAAAUUUUCAGUCCAUGACCUCAUUAACUUUUUGGUAUACGAUCACUCGUUAGGGUAUAGUUUAGGGACUAUUAAAAACCAUUGUACAGCAGCCCUCAAGUUGCAUAGAGAUCCUACUUCCUUCUAUACUCAUAAAGACAUCCAUUCCUUGUUUGCUCGCUUGGCUACUAUGGCUCCUCCAACUCGACAUCACAAGACCCACGUGGACCUAACUCCAACUCUUUCCUUCCUUGCUUCGAUUCCGUCUCUUGCCUCCUCAUCCCUCGCAGCACUAUCACAGAAAACGGCCUUCCUGCUUGCCAUGGCUGCCUUCCUCAGGCCCUCUGAUUUGCACUGCUUACAGCUUACCUCAGCUUACCUCUGGACCAACAUGGGAGCACUUGUGUUUGAUGUACAUGCACCAAAGGAAUGCAGACGAGGUCAACAGAUUGUAAAGACCAUUAUGAUUCAACCACAUACUACGAAGUCACUGUGUCUGAUUCAAGCAUUCUUAGCACUCAGGGAUCAUCCCCAAGCUGCCACCCAACCACCCACAGCUCUCUUUGUGAAAUCUCAUUCACCAUCUAUCUCUGUUAAGGUUACAACUAUCUCCACCUGGCUUCGGGAUCUAGUACAUCUCUCAACAGAUCAAUCAGUGUCUGUUUGGUCUCUUGCAUCUUCCUUGGCGAUGGACAGAGGAAUGCCUGUCAAAGAGAUAGUCACACUUGGUAGCUGGUCUUUGGACAUAAGAUGGAGUGAUAUUACAGAGCAGUAUAUGGAGCAAGACGAAGAUCAGGGCAUUGUGGAUGAUGAUAAUUUUUUCAACGCAUUGGAUAUGGUGCCUCUUGGAAGUAGUAAUUAUUCCUUCCCUAUUUUGGUUUGA